AGAGAGAGAGAGAGAGACUCACUCACUGCUCGCUGCAGAGUUCACCAGUCGGAGGAUGGAGACGCCGUGAGAAGGACCGCGCGCCGCUGCCUAACGAGAAACCUAAUUGCGACGGGUUUCUAACAGGGGGGUUUUAUCUUUUACCGCAGUGCUGCUGGCGUCGGCAACCCCCUCACCCCCGCCACCCCCUUCCCCGUACACAUCGCAGUCAUUCUGACCAACUGUUCUCCUACUGUGUUUUUACCUGAUUUUUUUGUGAAGAACCAAAACAAGCUAUCUGGAUGGGGUUUGUCAGCAUGCUCAUUCUCCGGUCCCCCAACCCAAACAUCACACCGGCGCUGCUCUGGAUGGUCCUGCUGGGGAUCGGUGUCAGCGGGGAAGGACAAGAGAAAGUCCUCCCCACCCCCUCCCCCUCUGCCUCCCCUCCCGAGGGUCCGGGGGGGACCAGGGAGGGUCCCCGGGGCCCUGGCGCCGGCGUGAUGGCCGGGGGUCUCAUCCACUCCGUGCUGGCCCACCGGGACAAGCUGCUCCCCCGCGUCGCCGAGCGGGGCCUGGUCGUGCCCUCCGCUCUGCCCCAGCACCUGCUGCCUCUCCUGGGGAGGGGGCUGAGCGGGGCCUCCCUGCCUGGAGGUCACGGUGGGGGGGCGCCGCGGCGGGUCAGACCUCCGCUGCCUCCGCCACCUCCAGCUUCCUCCUCCUCCUCCUCCACCCCCGUCCUGUCCGGGACCCACCCCCCGCCCCAGAGCCCCCAGCCUCAGAGCCCCCAGCCUCAGCACCACACCGACGCGGGGGACGGGGGAGGAAUGGACCUCAUACCUGCCGUUCCCACGGUAACCCCGGAGAUGCUGGACAGUGAUGAGGCGGAGACGCCUUCGCCAGCUGCACCGGCCUGCGGGGUGAACUUCUCGGACCCCGAAGGAUACAUCGACUCUUCCGAUGACCCCCCGCUGCCGGAUGGUACAUCCCUGUACUGCAACUACACCGUCACCGUGUACAUAGGCUACGGAGUGGAGCUGCAGGUAAAGAGUGUGAACCUGACGGAGGGAGAGCAUCUCUCCAUCCAGGGGGAGGAUGAGAGCGGGGGGCCGCUGGUGCUGGCCAAUCAGAGCCUGCUGGUGGAGGGUCAGGUGAUCCGCAGCCCCACCAAUGUGCUGUCCGUCUUCUUCCGCUCCACGGGGGAGGGGAGCCUGGGGGUCUUCCAGCUCCACUACCAGAUCUUCAGGCUGAGCUGCGCUCUCCCCAAGAAGCCUCACUUUGGGGAGGUGUCCGUGUUGGACCUGCUGCCUGGGGGAAUCGCUCGCUUCAGCUGCCAUAUGGGUUACCACCUGCAGGGGGCGCCAACACUGGUCUGCGUCAACGCGUCGCUGCCCCAAUGGAGCGGCAGAGAGCCCAGCUGCAGAGCCCUAUGUGGAGGGUCCGUGAAGAACGCCACGGUGGGGAGGGUCCUCUCCCCGUCCCCCCACCCGGGACCCAACGCCACCCAGGACCGCUCCUGCUCCUGGUCGUUGGAGGCUCCCAGGGGCCAGAGACUGCACCUGCAUCUGGAGAGGCUGGCCCUGGGGCCCACUGACAGGCUGGUGCUUUGGAGCGGUCUGGACGCCGGGUCAGUGGUGCUGUUUGAUUCGGGCCGGGGCAAUCCAAUCCCGUUUGAAGGGGUGAUCAGUGAAGGUCCGGCUGUCAGGGUGCAGUUCAUCACGGACCAGCCCAACCACAGCACCGGCUUCAACGUCCGCUAUGAAGCGUUUGGGCGCGGCCACUGCUACGAGCCGUACCUCCAGAACGGGAAUCUGAGCACGUCAGACCCGGCCUACGGCGUGGGGGCGGUGGUGCAGUUCAGCUGUGACCCGGGACACUCCCUGGAGCAGGGCCCGGCCCUCAUCGAGUGUAUCAACUCCAGGGACCCCUACUGGAACGACACGGAGCCCAUCUGCAAAGCGCUGUGUGGGGGCGGGCUGGCAGGCCCGGCCGGGGUCAUCCUGUCUCCUAACUGGCCAGAGUGGUACGGAGAGGGGGAGGACUGCAGCUGGAGGAUCCACGUAGGAGAGGACAAACGGGUGGUGCUCGACGUCCAGCUGCUGAACAUCAGCGACAGUGACAUGCUCACCAUCCUGGAUGGGGACGAGGUCACCACACGCAUCCUGGGCCAGUUCGUGGGCGGCAUCAGCCCCUUCAAGAUGGCCUCCACGACCCCUGACCUCACGGUGACCUUCCACUCUGACCCCGCCGGCCUGGUGUUCGGUAAAGGGGAGGGCUUCAUCAUCAACUACAUGGAGGUGUCCCGUAACGACUCGUGCCCGGACCUGCCUGAGAUCCAGAACGGCUGGAAGACCACGUCUCACGCGGCGCUGGUCCGGGGCGCCCGCAUCACCUACCAGUGUGACCCGGGCUACGACCUGGUGGGCCAGGACACCCUCUGCUGCCAGCUGGACCUCUCCUGGAGCACCCUGCCCCCCUUCUGCGAAAAGAUCAUGUACUGCUCGGACCCGGGCCACGUGGACCACUCCACCAGGUCCCUCUCGGACCCUAAGCUGUUGGUCGGGACCACCAUCCAGUACACCUGCGUCCCCGGCUUCGUCCUGCAGGGCGGCGCCACGCUCACCUGCUACGGCCGGGAGCCAGGCACCCCGGUGUGGACCUCCAAGCUCCCCCACUGUGUCUCCGAGGAGUCCGUUUCCUGUGAGAACCCGGGUCUCCCCGACAGCGGGUACCAGAUCCUGUCCAAGCGGCUGUACCUGCCCGGGGAGUCCCUCACCUUUGUCUGUUACCAAGGUUACGAGCUGAUCGGCGAGGUCGCCAUCAAGUGCAUCCUAGGGAAGCCGUCCUUUUGGAGCGGACCACUUCCACUCUGCAGGGCCACCCAUGACUGCCUUGGCAACCAUGCUUUGGAAGUGGCAGAAGCUCCAGCGAGUUCACGGUUGGACGGGGGCAACAUCGCCCUCACUGUCUUCAUUCUGGUCCUCCUCCUGUCUGCGCUGCUGGGAGGGGCUUAUGUCUACAUCACCAGGUGCCGGUACCCAAGCUCCAACCUCCGGCUGCCUCUGAUCUACCCCAACCCCUACAGACACAUCACUGUGGAGGCAGAGUUUGACAACCCCCUCUAUGAGACUGGAGGCGACACUCGUGAAUAUGAGGUAUCAAUAUGAUAGCCCUGACUACCUAAUUAUCUGAAACAAGAGCCACUACCUGACUCCCCACUUCGACACUCUUCAUCCUCCUCCUCCUCCUCCUCCUCCUCCUCCUCCUCCUCCUCCUCCUCCUCCUCCUCCACCACCUUGGAAUCCUCCCAGGCAGAGCUAAUGUAAAUAACUACACAUGAUGUCCCUGCCUCUGCCAUCAAACAGCCAUCCUCUUCUCUUGUACUUUCAUACGACGACAGCUUAUACUGCAGACAGAGAGGGACCGUGUUGAGGGAAUAGGAUUGGAUGAUAGGACAGGACCGUAAAGGGGGGAAAUAAGAAGUUUACGAAGGAGGAGACGGAACAGAAGAACGGAGACGGAAAAUGAAUGAUGCACUUGUACAAAAUGUGUUGUCCGUUUGCUCAGCUGUUAUUUAACGGUAGGACUGGUAACGUGUAAAUAAACGGCACGACAAAGACGACCCCAACGCACGCAAGAGUGAAUACAAAACGGCAAAUGUGAAAUACUUAGAGAAUAGGAGCUCUGAAAUAACAUAAAUCAAAAAAUUAUCAUAUGGGGGGGGGGGGGGGCACUUUUUAUUUUUUUAAUAAAUACUAUUUCACCAGCCACAGGCCCACAUCACGCAACGGCAACAUGGGGAAAAACCCGGGAUGGUAAUUCGCGGGGCUUUUCCCGCCAAAAAAAGCCCUGUUUGUAGCAAGAACGGCUAGUCCGCUAGCUACUUAGCGUCACUACUACAGCUACCAUUUUGUUUCCUAAUGUUUGUAGAAUUCAAAAUAUCCAGACGGAUUUGUUAACACAUCUGAUUCGGUUAUUGUCGAAUUGUAUGAGGAAAAACUAUGAAAUAGUUUGUGGAGAACGGGAGUUUAUCGUUGAAAACUGUGUAGCCCGGAGUGACGGAGCGUGGCAGCAGCAGCUUCACCAACCCAGAGGAUGUAUCUAUUUUAAUGUAUAUGUGAUGUUUUAUGCAAAUUGAUAAAUGUACAUUUUCAUUAAGACAGAAAAAAGGCCUAUACAAUUUGCGUAAAUAAAUGGAUUUUUUUAAAUUAAAAAAGUAUGAAAG